CGAGCCGGUACGGAGGUUGACCACGCACGUUUGCUUCUGGCGCUCUUGCGAAUCCACUUUUCAAAAUGGUACGAGUCGACUAUGCGCAGUCCCGCGCCUUCCAAGCCGCCUACAAGAUCUUCUACCCGCUCUACGAACGCUUCUACGACUGGCACCUUGAAGGUCAAGAGAACAUCCCCAAGGAAGGUCGUCUUCUCUAUGUCGGCUACCACUCGAUCCACAACCACGACCUCUUCCCGAGCGCAGCAGGCAUCUACGAAGCAACGGGCGACCUCCCGUGUGCUCUCGUGCACACUGUAGUCAUGUUUUUCUUGGGUCCAUUCCUGCGUAUGGUCGGCGGCAUCUCCGGCACGCAAGCUAAUGCGAUUGCCAUGUACGACGCCGGGCGCAACUGUAUGUGCAUCCCAGGCGGCGGCGAAGAAGCGAUGCUCGGCUUCGAGUCUGCGUACACACUUCUCUGGAAGAGCAGCUCGGGGCGCGACCGCCGCGGCUUUGCAAGGCUUGCGCAGCACGUGGGCGCGACGAUCGUGCCGUACGUGACGCGGAACGGCGAAGAAAUGUUCUUCAACGUCUUUGGGUACACGUGGAAUCUAUUGGGACUCUCGCGCGCCUACGCAGCGCUCACGGCGGCGACGCCCAUGCCAUGGCGCUGGGUUCUGAUUCACUUGCGCAUGUACGUGUGGUUUGUGGUCUGGACCUUCUGGAGCCUGCCCGUGCCGGUCCGCGCCGGCCUCGUCUUUGGCGAGCCCAUCGUGCCGCGCGACGGCGAGUCGGACGCAGAGCUCGCUGAGCGCGCAAAGGCGAGUCUCCAAGCGCUACUCCGCCGCGUCAACCCGGGCGGCGUCAGCUACCGGCGCGGGCUCCUCCAGCGCUACCACGCAAUCAAAGCCUACAAGUACUAGUAGACUAUUACGGAUAUAUUGACAAACACAGAAAAAAGGUUAGGGCGUA